UGCUGCGUUCACUUGUUCACAGCUGUAACGUUAAAAUAAAAAUAGAUUUCAAGGCUGGCAUAUGUCACAUUACUGCUGACACUUUUUAUGAGCGUUUUCGUUUUUAGGUAAGAGCCAUGUUUCGGUGUAAAGCAGCUUGGUUUUCCAGCAGUGUGCCAAAGGAUUACCGUAACUUUUGGGUACUGGAGGGUGGAACGGUCACAGGUUGGAGGACAGCUGAUUACCUGUUCAGCGCAGAUGCAACUUGUCCCGACACGCUGAGGAUAUUUGACAGCAAAGACUACAUCUGGAACAAGGUGACAGUUUUUCACUGUCUUUUUCUGUCCACCUGUGAAAAGAGACAAAGCGUGAAGUCAGUGGGCAUCGGUCAUUACGUGCUGCCUCCAGCCCCUGUACAGGACGAGGUGAGAAAAGUAGUUGGGAGGUUGAUCUGGGAGUGUGAAGCUGAACGGGCAGCUGCGCAGGAGGAGAGUUCAGCUGGCCUGACAGAAGACGACCACCACGAAGAAGUGAAGAUAAUGAAUUCGGAGUCAUCCGAGUCCGAUUCUUCAACAAGUGAAGCUCUGUGGGAGCGUUUGAGGAGCUCAGGUUGUAAAACGGCCACAGGAUAUGUCAGCAUGGAUGCUCUCCAGAAAUAUUCAGGUGAUCUGUGUGAUGUGCAUCCUUGGUAA